UCAACGUUUCACCGCAGCUCCUUGUCAGCCCACAAACCUGACCGUUCAGGUGGACUGUGGGACCAACAAUGGAAACUUCUCCUGGGCAGAGAGCAGCGGAGCAGGUACCUACGUGGUUGAGAUUACCGGGGAGCACGGCCACGUCGCAUCCUGCUCCUCCAGUGGCACCUCCUGCGCAGUGAAGCUGCACUGCGGCCACUCGUACUCUGCAACGCUGGUGGCCUCCACAGAGAGCUGCAACAGCACCGAGCACGCUGACAUUCACUUCGAUUCUGCCCCCUGCCUGCCAGACGAUGUCAUGGCUGAGUUGGACUGUGACACCAACACGAUGAGCGUGAACUGGACUCAGACCACCGGUUCUGAUGAGUACAUGGCCUGGGCCAUCAGCACGGACGGACACCGAGCCUCCUGUAACUCAACAUCCAACCACUGCUCCAUCCACGGUCUCAGGUGCGGCAGGAUCUACGAGGUGGCCGUCACCUCCUCCUCCAUCGACUGUGACGUCAUCGCCGGCUCAGACUACAAGGUUCAGUCCGCUCCUUGCAAAGCGGAGAACGCCACCGCCGAGCUGAACUGCAGCUCCAACGUGAUGAUGGUGAAGUGGCAGGAAGGCAGCACGGCGCAGAACUACACCGUUAGAGCCGCCUCGGCCUCGGGCGUGAACUCCACCUGUGACGCCACGGGGAGCGGCUGCUCCUUCCUGGACCUGAGCUGCGGUCAGCUCUACACCUUCUCUGUGACCGGAUACACCAACGUGUGCGUGAGCGACAUGAGCCACGUCGUGGAGACGCACACCGCUCCAUGUCCUCCCAUUAGCGUAUCAGCCGACCUGAACUGCACGACGCGUAAAGCUCUGAUCGGUUGGACCAAAGCCUCUGCCGCCGUGGUCACGGCCUACAGCGCUCUGGCCACCUCCUCUGCUGGACACAACGCAUCCUGCAGUGACAUGGGCACAUCCUGUGACCUGGACCAGCUGGUCUGCGGACAGCGGUACUCCGUCGUUGUGCAGGCGAUCCAUGCAGGCUGUCCAGGACCUGCCAGUGCUCCUGUAACGUUCUCUACAGAGCCCUGUGUCCCGAUGAACGUCUCUGUUGAGUACAAUGUGAGUGUUGCUCGGGUGAUGUGGAGCCCAGCUGAAGGCGCCGCCUCAUACUCGGUUCGGGCCGUGGCAAACAGCGGAUCAGUGGUCGCCUGUACCACCAAUACCACUAGCUGCUUCCUCCGUGGCCUCCUGUGCAGCCAAGUUUACAACAUAGCGGUAACGGCAAUGAACCAGGCCUGUGGCGAUGUGGUCUCUGACAUAUCCCCCCUCAAGACAGCCCCCUGCCCUCCCACAAACAUUCAAACCAGCCUAUCCUGUGAUCAGCUCGCUGCGACUGUGUCCUGGCAGCAGAGUGGCCUCGCUGUGGGCUACGUCGCCUACUUUGACAACCAAAGCGGACACUACGCCUCCUGCACUGGCACUGACACAGAGACGAGCUGCGCGGUCCGUGGGCUGGCGUGUGGCUCCAUCUACAGAGUUUGGGUCAAGGCCUUGGGAGAGCAGUACAACAGCACAGACAGCUCUGUGGUUUCACUGACAUCAGUACCCUGCCCGCCACACAGUAUUGAAGCCUCUAUGGACUGUCAGGUCCGCUCCACUGCCACUGCGUCCUGGCAGCCCGGUGCUGGAGCUGUGUCCUAUGCUGCCGUGCUGACAUCUCCAUCAGGCCACGUCACCAGCUGCUCCACCAACGCCACCAGCUGCCAGCUGAGCGCCCUGGAUUGUGAUGAAGAGUACAACGUCACCGUAAAGGCUCUUGGAGAGGCAUGUAACAGCACGGCUCACAUGGCAGGACACCUCAUCACAGGUAGAGAGCGUUGGGCAUUCACGGUUCCCCAAAGAAGUCCAUCAGAUUAG